UCCAAGUCGCAGGCCACAAGAAUCAGUUCAGCUCUGGAUCAGCAAAAUUCCCCUCGGAGCAACGGCCGAUGGCAUCCACCGUCGGCGCCGGGGCGCGGGCGCCUGCCACCGGCGGGAGGCCGUCGGUCCUCUACCUUCGCCGCGCCGACGACGUCCUCGCCGCCGCGCUGCGCGCGCGCUACAGCGUCCACAGCCUCUACGAUUCGGGCGCUCCGCUCCCGGCGUUCCUCGCCGCAGCCGCGGCCGCCCGGGGGCCCGAUGAGCCCCCGCGGGCCGCCGUCGUCUUCGGAGGCGGCGCCAUCCAAGUCGACGCCGCCUUCCUCGACGCGGCCCCGUGCCUCCGCUGCGUCGUCACCACCGCCGCUGGCAUGGACCACAUCGACCUCGCCGAGUGCGCGCGCCGGGGCGUCGCCGUGGCCGGCGCCGGUGAGACAUUCUCCGUCGACGUGGCGGAUCACGCCGUCGGGCUCCUCGUCGACGUGCUCCGGCGCGUCUCGGCGGCCGACCGGUUCGUCCGGCGCGGGCUCUGGCCGGCGCGCGGGGACUACCCGCUUGGCUCCAAGCUCAGUGGCAAGCGAGUAGGCAUCAUCGGUUUGGGGAGCAUCGGUACAUUGAUCGCGAGGCGGCUCGAGGCAUUUGGCUGCACCGUCUCCUAUCACUCCAGAAGGGCCAAGGAUUCAGCUACCAUCUCGUACAAAUAUUUCCCCAGUGUCAUUAACCUGGCUCUCGAGUCCGACGUGCUCGUCGUCGCGUGCGCUCUCAACGAGCAAACAAAGCACAUUGUCAACAAGGAAGUCCUGGAGGCGCUAGGGAAAGAUGGCGUCAUCGUGAACAUUGCCCGUGGAAGGAACGUCGAUGAGGCGGCGCUGAUCGGUGCACUCAAGGGAGGGGGGAUAGCGGGCGCGGGCCUCGAUGUCUUUGAGAUGGAGCCUGAGGUGCCCGCGGAGCUACUCUCCAUGGACAAUGUGGUGCUCACAGCGCAUAAGGCCGCCUUCACUGUGGAGUCGGCCUCUGACCUUUCGGACCUCAUGAUCGGGAACCUGGAGGCAUUCUUCCAAGGUAAGCCGUUGCUCACACCGGUGCUUCCCGAGCACAUGCUGUAGGUGAUAGAACGACGGAUCAGACCAUGUCAGGUUUCAUAUGAUAUUUGUGAUCGAUGUUACAUGCGACAAGUAGAUAGUAUAUCCCAGUCCACCUCUGAGUAAGUAAGCAGAGGGCACACCAGCAUUAUUAGUGGUUUUCUAAAAAUGUAGCAAAUGUUGUCUGUGACUGUAAUUACAAAAGGAUGGUACAGGAAACCAAGGUCUUGCCUAUAAGUAUGUGAGUACUUUAAA